AACCCGACCCGACGGCCCAAUUGGAGACCCAUAUUCCACCAAAAUCAAAAUUCUGCAUCGCUCUUCUUCCUCGCCUGUCUUCGGCCUUUUGCUUCUUCGUCUGCUUGACUGGUCUCCGGUUAAAUUUGAGAGAAAGUAAAAAUGAGAAGACAGGGAAACUUUGCGGACUCACCUGCAAGUGCAUAUGGAGCUGGACAGAUACAGAAUGCACAUUCUGAUUUCCAAGGUCAAUUAGAGGCAUUCACGCCUGAGAGGGACCAACCAUAUUCAGAUUCACAAACAGAGGAUCAGUGGAGAUGGGAAAGAGAUGGCCCGAAUAUGUCAAGGCCAAUGGCAACUGCUAUUUACAAUGAAGGUCAAGGCGUUGACUCAUCGAGGACGUAUGACCGUGGCCAAAUGGAUCCAAAAUCAGGAAUGGAGAAGCAAGGCAGCGAUCCAAGAGCUCAAGCACAACACCAAGAAAACACGAAGCCUGGUUAUGAGAAUAACCGUGGGAUGCAGACCUUUGAAGGUCUAGAACAGAAGUUCAUGGAUGAUAUAACAAGACUAGCAAAGGAUCAAAUCGAAGCAGAGGAUGCAGAGAUCGCCAGACAUCGAGAGAAAAUAAACACCAUCAAUACUCGGUACGAAGAACAAUUAGCUGCACUGAGAGCAAGGCACACAGGUAAAAGAGAAGAGGUCAUGAGGAAAGAAUCACAAGCUAGGCAGCAACAUUACAAGCAGCAAACCAUGGGGAUGAUGGAUCAGUACCAUCCAAACGCAGUUGGUGGUGCCAAUCUAAUGCCAUCUGGUCAUCCCCAGGGUUACAUUGGCAAUGCUCAGGAUCCAGCGGCUGUGGCGGAUGCACCAUCCAGAUCCUACGGCUCAGAUCGAUACGAAGCAUAUGGAGAGAGAACUAGGUUUCAGGGAGGAACCAGAGAUCACGGUUUCGAAUCUAGGGGCCAGUACCCUGGUGGGACGGUCUACGACACAGUCUCACGGUUCUAUUGAUGUGUCAUUACUUUGGAACAUAUUGUGAUUUUUGUGACUUAUAGAUAAAUUAAGCUUUUUAGACUAUCCGGAAUUUCAAAACGAAAUCAGAGCUUGUUCUUUUUUUA